AUGUCCUGUUGCCUCACGAGCAUCUCCAGCCUCCAGCUCUUCAUCUUUUCUUGCGAGAACAGAACAAGACCAACCAUGAGCUCUUCUAUGCAUACCUCCACCUCCUACAGGCGCACCUUCGGGAGCCCUCACCCCCACCCCAUCUCCAUAUCUUCCUAUUCUUCUGUUUCCUCCCGUAUGCCUGUUUCCUCUGGGCGCUACAUGCGUUCGAUGUCCCCUGUGGUAGCAUCCCGCUCCACCACCUACCACCAAUCGCGCUCCCGCCCCAGCGCACAGCCCCCUCGCCUCACCUACGACAAGGUGGACUUCACCCUGGCCGAGGCCAUUAACCAGGAGUUCCUCACCACCCGUAGUAACGAGAAGGCCGAGUUGCAGGAGCUCAACGACCGCUUCGCCAGCUUCAUCGAGAAGGUGCGCUACCUGGAGCAGCAGAAUGGGUCGCUGCAACAGGAGCUCAACCAGUUCAAGGGCCAGCAGCAGCAUGGGCAGCCUAACCGUGCCUCUGAGCUCUUCCAGGAGGAGCUGAGGGAGAUGAGGCGCCAUAUGGACGACGUCGGGAAGGAGAGGGACCAGUACUUGCUAGAGAGGGACAACCUGGCUGAGGACGUCAACCUGCUCAAACAAAGGCUGGAGGACGAAACCCAGAAGAGGAUGGAUGCUGAAAAUAACCUGGCCGCCUUCCGCAAGGACGUGGAUGAUGCCACACUGUCCCGUCUGGAACUGGAGAGGAAAAUUGAGUCACUCAUGGAUGAGAUUGAAUUCCUCAAGAAGCUCCAUGAUGAAGAAAUCCAGGACGUCCAAGUGAGUGUCCAAACCCAUCAGCUGAAGAUGGAGGUGGACAGCAGUGCCAGGCCUGACCUCACUGGUGCUCUGAGGGACAUCAGGGCCCAGUAUGAGACCAUCGCCUUGAAGAACAUGCAGGAAUCUGAAGAGUGGUACAAGUCUAAGUUUGCUGAUUUGACCGAGUCUGCAAAGCGAAACACUGACGCUCUGAGGCAGGCCAAGCAGGACGCCAAUGAAUCCAGAAGGCAGAUUCAGUCCCUCAACUGUGAUAUUGAUGCUCUUAAGAACACGAACGAAGCUCUGCUGAGGCAGAUGCGUGAGAUGGAGGACCAGUUUGGCAAUGAGAUAUCUAACUACCAGGACAACGUAGCCAGGCUGGAGGAUGAGAUCCGUCACCUGAAGGAGGAAAUGGCCCGCCACCUCCGUGAGUACCAGGACCUCCUCAACGUCAAAAUGGCUCUGGACAUUGAGAUCGCUACCUACCGUAAACUGCUGGAAGGAGAGGAGAGCAGGAUUACUGUUCCCAUCAUGAAUAUUGGCAUGAGCAAUCACUUUGGUGACCGAGACUAUGAACCAACUCCAGACACCCAUGGCAAGAAGACCGUGCUGAUUAAGACUGUUGAGACUAGAGAUGGAGAGGUGGUGAAGGAAUCCAGGCGGGAGAAGGACAGAGACUCCAGCCGAACCGACAAGGACGACCAGGACGAGUAGAUGAAUGCUAAUUAGAAAAUGUGAAGGCCAGAGCCAUUAGACAAAAGAAAAACACACAAAAGAAGAAAAAAAAAGGCUUGAAUCAAAUGAUGAACUUCUCAAUCCCACUAGCUAGUGUUUUAUUGUCUAACAAGAAAUCUAGGUGCAACGUUGAAUAAAUCCCUUUAGAGAGUGUCACUCUGGUGCUAUUUAAGCCGACCAACUUUUGCUAAACACCUGUCUCAUCUGUAGGGGCUGAGCUACACCACUUUAUCACCAUACCACUUGAGGCCUUGAUUUACAGUGCAAUCCCGUGGAUUUCUUAGAAGCCCACAUGUUUGUAGAGCAUCACAUUACAGGCUCUUAUAGGACAAAACAAAUGUAAAAUUUAAGUAGUUUGCAUCAUAGAUACGACUUACUAACAAAACUUCAGACACUGCCCAUUGGUCAACACAUAUUAGAACACAGACAGGGAGCAAAUUAGGACAUCUGCAUUUGUUUUUGUUUUGAAGCUUUGCUAUCCUCUCAUUGUGCAAACCAACAAACUACCAAAGUCAUUAAUAAUAUGUAUAAAAAGAAAAAAAGACUUGAUUGAAAUGAAAAGCCAAACGAAAAGACUUGCUGAAUGUGCUUUGCGAUGCUGUGUAGCUGGCCAG